CAAUUCAGCCGUGUGCUAUUAUUGUUAUUACCUAUACCUAUAUUAUGUUUUUCAAACGAGCUGCUUCUGUUACUUUGGAUCGAUGAUUUCAAAUAAAUACCAAAAUCAACGACUUAUUCUCGUUCUUAGCACGGGCCUAAUCGUAUCUCCUAUAUAUCUCGCGUUCGCUUUUCUAUAUAUUUUUUCAGUAAAUCUCUAUGUAUCUAUCGUAUAUAGAGUAAGUGAAUAGUCACACAGUAUUAGUGAACAGUUAGAAAUAUCGCAUAUAUCGACCGCAGCAAGUGUGGUUUUCGUGGCAAAAAAAACAAUCUUAAAUUAUUAGUGACUGUGCAUGUUGUGCUUGAAUACGCCACACAAAAGACAUGGCAAAUGAAGCGUGGAAGAGCUGGAUUCAUAACGUCAAUUGGGACUGGGAUCGCAGAUCGGUCUUAAAUGUCCUAUACGGCGUAGCUCAAAUGUGGCAGAACUCAUUACCAGAUCUUUCAAGCUUACCAGCCGGACUCGUCGAGUGUCUUCUCUCGCACACCGUAACAGACCAUGAGGGCGACGAGGAGGCAAGAAUACGAUUCAUCAAAUUCGUGGUUGACACCGGCUACAGAGACCAGCCCAAAAUUGGCCCAGACGGCCGGUACGUGUUGCGUCGCACCACACCGAUACAUCUCGUUUUGCGCACCAAAAUCAACAACUGGGAUGCAACUGCGACCAACAUGGUCCAGUUGCUAUUUGAAAUCUACGACAGAUUUGAUUUGAACUACACCGACGAAGGAGGAUUCACCCAUUUUCAGGCGGCUUGCUUUAUCCCUAAUGGACACCAACUCGUCAGGAAAUUUCUCCAAAACGGUCAGAAUCCUAAUUUUUUUGUAAAUGGUUAUUCGCUGUUACGAUCAGCUCUGCAAAAUGACACGAAGUGGGCCAGGGAGCUGCUGAUAAGAGGCGCCGAUCCUACUUGUGUCGAUACCGAUGGAUCCACUUCUCUGCACACUAUUUGCCGGGAUGGUCGGGUGGAAUUGCUGCAGUCAUUCUUCGAGGUCGUCGACUACCACAGAAAGCCAGUGCAGAUCAAUGUCCGUGACAGCUUGGGUAACACACCACUGCACUUGGCUGUGGAGAGCGGCAACGUGACGACGUUUGAAUUACUGCUGGCAAGAGGCGCCGAUCCGAACUCAGCCAACCAAGAAAGAUCGACACCUCUGCACUUAAUUUGCCAGAGAGUCAAAAAAGAUAAGUUGAUAGCGUCGUUUUUCAAGGUAACCGACGAAAAUCGUCAAACGGUUCAGGUCAAUGUCCGCGACAGGAAGGGCAACACACCACUGCACUUGACUCUGAAAAACAGUAACACGUGGGCGUCUGAAAUAUUGCUGAAAAGAGGCGCCGAUGUGAAUUCAGUCAACGAAGAAGGAUCGACACCACUGCACAUUAUUUGCCAGCAACUCCAAGCUGACCUUUUAGUUGAAACAUUCCUCCGUAUCAACGACAGAUUAGGUAAGACGGUGCAGAUCAACGCCCAAGAUAAGGGUCUAAACACACCGCUGCACUUGGCUAUACUUCACUGCAAAAAGAAGGCAACUGCAAUACUGCUGAGCCGAGGCGCUGAUCCGAACUUGGCCGAUAAGGAUAGAUGCACAGCUAUGCACCUUGAACUCAGUAAAAUUCAUCAACUUUAGACUUUCAAAAGCAAUAA